UUGAAAUUUAUUCUGAAAUUAUUUUCAACUGGAAGUUGCGCGCUUACAGGCAGAACUUCUAUCUCAGUUUCAAGAGAUUUGCCUCAUCGUUAGAGGCUACUUAAUAGGUAGUAAUCUACUGCAACCCUUCACGAUGCUCGCAGCAAUUAUCGUGAUUUUGCUGACUCUUGUUGGAGUCAAGCUAGUUCAAUGGGUACGAAUCAGGCGUUACGAGCAAGAAUUCUUCAAGAGGAUUGGAGUUCCUUACGUGAAACCGCAUUUGGUGUUUGGCAGCAACCACAUCCUCAGGGACCGCUCCAAUACGCAGAUGGCUGUCAUCACCAAAUGGCGUGAAGAACUCGGCGAAGUUUUUGGAUUCUUUUCUGGAGGGCGGCCCAGCCUGGUUGUGUCUGACUUAAACAUGGUUCGGCAAAUUCUCAUUAAAGAUUUUCAUCUGUUCUCAAAUCGCCCUUCUAUGGUGAUUAAGGCGGAACCUGUGAUCACGACGCUUGUAGGUUUACGCGACCAGCGUUGGAAAGACGUGAGAGCGCUGUUGACGCCAACAUUUUCGAUGACAAAAAUGAAACUCAUGGCUGGAAUCAUGAAUGAAAAGAUUGAUACGUUGUUGAGCAUCUUCGAGGAGCACGUCGAAUCGCAAAAAACAAUUGAACUUUACUCCUCGUUUCAAGGCAUGACUCUAGACGUUAUUUGCGAGUGCGCGUUGGCCAUUAAAUCUAAUUGUCAACGAAAUCAGAACGAUAAGCUUCUUCAGGCCGUCCGUGGCUUCCUACAGAAUGCAGUGAAUAACUUCAUAAUGUUAGCAAUAUACUUCCCAUUUUUUGGCAUGCUACUGUCGGUGCUCAGCAAUAAGCUUGCAUUUUCAGGACGAAUGACGAACAUGAUAGUGAAACACUUGAAGCAAGUGAUAAAAAUGAGGCGAAAUAAUGUUGGCGAGAAAACAGUGGACGUGCUGCAGAUGAUGCUCGAGGCAUCGGAAACUAUCAUCGAGGAAAAGGUUGGGAAAGAAGCGUUGAGUGCCAUACCAAGCAGAAAAGUUCUCUCUGACAACGAAAUCAUUGCCAACGCUUGGGUGUUCUUGCUGGGAGGCUUCGAGACCACCGCAAACGCUUUGACCUUCACGUGCUACCUCCUGUCCAAGCAUAAGAAUUACCAGGACCAGCUCUACCACGAGAUAAUUUCUGUUGUCAAAGACCCGACAUGUGCCGUGACAUACGAGCACGUGUCAGAGAUGAAACUCCUGGAUCAGAUCCUCAGUGAGAGCCUGAGACUCUACCCUCCCGUGGUGACCUUCAUCAUAAGAGAAGCUUCAGAAGAUACCCAGGUGGGGAGCGUGACCAUCCCCAAGAACACUGGCAUCCUCAUACCAAUCUGGGACAUUCACAGGGAUCCAAAACAUUGGCCUGAUCCUGAGAAGUUCGACCCUUCGCGUUUCUCGGCCUCGUCGAAGGCGAACAGCACCCGCCACCCGAUGGCUUACCUGCCUUUUGGAGCAGGGCCGCGAAACUGCGUCGGCAUGCGCUUCGGCCAACUCGAGGCCAAACUUGCUCUGGCUAAGAUCAUUCUAAACUAUGAAUUAGACCUGGCGCCCGAAACGGAGGACCCUCCUCCUCUGACAGUGCCAUCUGUAGCGAUCAACCCUGCACGUGGCAUCUUCAUGGCCCUGCGGCGUAGAUCGACACCAACCCCGACCAAUCCAUGAGACUAGUCGUCCUAAGUAACCAUCGUACUUCUCCAACGAAGUCAUUCCCUGGUCCAAUCCAUGAGACUAGUCGUCCUGCGUAACCAUCGUACUUCUCCAACGAAGUCCUACCUUGUCCAAUCCAUGAGACUAGUCGUCCUAAGGAAUCAUCGUACCUCUCCAACGAAGUCCUACCUUGUCCAAUCCAUGAGAAUAGUGUCUUAAAGAAUCAGUGUACCUCUCCAAUGAAACCCUACCCUGACGAACCUAUGAGACUAGUCAUCCUAGGGUGUCAUGUUAAAUCAAAUGUAGUAUUCCUGCCAUGAGAAAGAAUGCUCUGCCAUGAGAAAGAAUAUUCAUGAAGCUCUGUCGUCAUGAAUGUUAUUCUUAUGAAGAAGCAUGCAACAAUAGACAUUCCUUCCAUAUAUAAUGCCAAGAAUAAUGUUCAAUAAAACGAUGCUCAAUUUUUUUGUUGAGAAAUAGUUGCGUUGGGGCCGCAUCAUAGUUGAACUAGUCAACCUUGGGCUUGAGUAACCUCAGUAGAGUACCGUAACCUCAGGAGAAUAGAAAUGUUGUUUACUUGGCGGAGCUGUUUCAUAAAAUCGCAUGCACGUAUAAUUAUUAAAAAAUUUAACAGUU